UGAUUUCAUUUCACUCCCAUGGUGAAAUACUGAGAAAUGAAAACCAGGAUAGGACUAGUAGAGAGGAUAGGAGUAGGAGAGGAUCUCUGUGCACUUGGCCCCAGAUUUCCAGAACACACACACACACACACAGAGCUUUUUGAGCUUUUGAGCUUUGAGCCCCUACAAGAACCGGCCACACUCUCACUUUCAGUUUUUUUUUUUCUUCUCUUCACCCUCUCUGCAUGCGGACAAAUCUUGCAGGCUCUCGUCGUCGUCGCCACUCGCCGUCACUCUCUUGUCCCCAGUUAGUCUUUUUCUUGCAAGUCGCUGGCUUUCGGUUUCUUGGCAAAGCAAACCCCCCUUUUCAUUGCGUUUUGUUGCCUUCUCCAUUGCUGCCGCAUUUGAGUCACAACCCUCCAAAUUGCAGUCAAGAACACACUGCCAAGAAUGCAGCUAAGCUGCUAGCCCGAAUCUUAGGAGAUUUCUACUAACUUGUUUUUUCUUUUUUUUUUUUACUGAGUUCAUUCAUUCAUUCACAGAGAGGAAGCUAGGGCUUUGUUGUUCAUCAGCAAGAGAGCCCCCACACCAGUUUGGUCUUCUCUUCUGUCUCUGGACCCCAUUGAAAUGAUGGUGUCUUCUUGGCUGCUCCGGGGAGAUUGAUUAGAUGGCCAGGGGGGGUGGCCAUUGCUGAGCUUUGGAGUGAAGUGAAGUGGAGUGUACUCUGUUCUUGUGUGCUCUCUUGGUGUGUGUGUGUGUGGUGGCUCUUCCUCUUCUCCUCUCCGGAGAGAGAGAGAGAGAGAGAGGCAGCCUAGAUCCAUUUGCAGGAUGGGUUCCAUGAAGCUAAGCUCCAAGCCGGAUGCAUUCACAAGGCGAGGGCAAGCAUGGUACUGCACAACAGGGCUUCCCAGCGAUGUUCUUGUUGAGGUUGGGGAGAUGUCUUUCCACCUUCACAAGUUCCCCCUGCUUUCAAAGAGUGCCAUCCUGGGAAGAUUGAUUGAGGAGAAUUCAGACAGCGAUGAAUGUGUCAUCAUAUUGUCUGACAUCCCUGGUGGCGCAAAAUCAUUCGAGUUAGUGGCAAGGUUCUGUUAUGGGCUGAAGAUAGAGCUGUCUUCAGAAAAUGUCGUCUACCUACGCUGCGCUGCUGAACAUCUUGAGAUGACAGAAGAAACAUCUGGGGAUAAUCUGAUUAAUCAGACAGAGUCAUUCUUUAACCAAGUAGUCCUCCGAAGCUGGAAAGAUUCCCUGGAAGCGCUUCGGACAUGUGAUGGCCUUCUCCCUCAUGCUGAAGACCUUCACAUUGUGAAGAGAUGCAUCGAAUCAUUGGCUGGCAAAGCUAGCAUCGAUCCGGACCUCUUCGGCUGGCCAGUCUCGGAACAUAGUACCAUGCAAAGCCCCGGGGGAAGUGUCUUGUGGAAUGGCAUAAGCACGGGUGCGAAGGUUAGGAACUGCAGUUCGGACUGGUGGUAUGAUGAUGCUUCCUCCCUGAGCUUCCCUACAUACAAGAGGCUUAUUUCUUCCAUGGAGUCAAGAGGCAUCAAACAGGAGAUCAUUGCGGGUUCGCUCACAUACUACGCCAAGAAGUUUCUCCCAGGGUUGAAUAGGCGUCAAAGCACCGGACCAAUGCCCCUGCCGGCUGCUACCCUGUCUGAUGAAGAACAGAGGCGCCUGCUUGAAGAGAUUGAUAGGAUGUUGCCACUUCAGAGAGGUUUAAUAUCCACAAAUGUUUUGCUCUGGCUGCUCCGGACCGCCAUGAUCCUGAAAGUCGACCGCGCUUGCAUUUCAAACUUGGAGAAAAGGGUCGGGAUGCAGCUGGACGAAGCCACAUUGGAGGAUCUACUGCUGCCAAACUUCUCAUACACCAUGGACACGCUCUACAACGUCGAGUGCGUUCACAGGAUUCUCGACCACUUCUUGGCAAUGGAUCAGACCAUGGGUGGCGGUGGCGCCUCCCCAUGCUUGGAUGAUGUGAUGGCAUCUCCUUCGUUGGCACCGAUCACCGCUGUCGCGAAGCUGAUUGAUGGCUACCUUGCAGAGAUUGCACCUGAUAUCAACCUAAAGCCACUGAAAUUCCAGUCUCUGGCAGCUGUUUUACCUGAAUAUGCUCGGCCACUGGAUGACGGUCUUUACCGCGCCAUUGAUGUAUACCUGAAGUCGCAUCCGACGCUGCCUGAAGCUGAACGGGAGCAGCUAUGCCGGCUGAUCGACUGCCAGAAGCUGUCGCUGGAGGCGUGCACCCACGCCGCGCAGAACGAGCGGCUGCCGCUGCGGGUGGUGGUGCAGGUGCUCUUCUUCGAGCAGCUGCAGCUGAGGACGUCGGUGGCCGGCUGCCUGCUCGUCUCCGACAACCUGGAGGCCUCGUCGAGGACGCUCCGCGGCGGCGGCGCGGUGGCGGCGUCCGGCGAGGCCGGGUGCUGGGCCACGGCCGCCGUGAGGGAGAACCAGGCGCUCCGGGUCGGCAUGGACAGCAUGCGGCUGCGGCUGAUGGAGCUCGAGCGGGAGUGCUCCGACAUGCGCCAGGACAUCCGCAAGCUCGGCCGCGGCCGCCGCCGCCUCCGUGGCGGUGGUGGCAUCGUCGCCGGUGGCAAGGACGGCGGCGGGUGGGCAGCGCGGGUGCAGCGGAUGCUGACGCCGAGGAUGAUGAAGCUGCAGAUGUGCAGCGCGCAGCAUGACGCCGCCGAGCAGCAGCGGAUGAACAAUGAGCACAAGAAGGUGGAGAAGGUGGCCAAGAACAAGAAGCAGCUGUCCAUGGACGACGGUGACGACGAGGAGGAGGCCUGAAACCUGAAAGAUUUCUUCUUCUUCUUGUUGUUGCUGCGCCAUGAUCGUGUUGGUCAAGGUGAAGUGUCACUGAGCCGAAGAGGGAAGAGAUUGAUGGCGUCAUCAGUUUGUAGUUAGUAAAAGUAUAAGUAACUCUUUGAGUUGACUAAGUGACUAGUGAGAGCGAGUGAUUUACCUGUGAGACUGUGAAUGACUUCUCAUCUCUCAAUCUUUGACUCUUUUUCUCCUGAAAGCGUGCAUGCAGGGAGUACACAGUUCUUCAUUUCGAAUGACUCCCAUUCUUAUUCUCCCAAAUUCAGAUA